CUUUCGGCGCCGUCCCGAGCACCCGCGGACCCGCCUCCCGCCCGUGUGAGAUCGCACGCCGCAGAGCGUGCGUGGACAAGACCCCCUCGGCUGCGCGGGCCUGGGUGUCGACAUUCCUGCCCCGCAGUCCCGCACCCGGUGACCGGUGGUGUUGAUACAAAAGCCCGGGGUCCGGCCACCUCUGCGCCUCUCGCAAACACUGGUUCACGUCCGUCCACCUCUCUACGCCUUUCCUCUUAUCCUCCCGUCUCGCGCCGUCGCGCGUCUCGGGUCUCUCUUCUCUCUCUCGGCUCUCGCCUCCCUCCCGGUCCGGGUCGCACGCAGGUCGCAGCCAGCAGUGCAUUUUUAUGCGCCGCGCUGGUGGUUUUGGGGCGCGGAGUCCAUAUCCAUGGUCAUGGACGCUGGCCUGCACGAGCCGUGCGCGCUGCUGCCGGGAUCCAAGCGCGACAGCCACAUGCUAGUCUACCCCCAAAUCGCCGCCGCCGCUAAUGGGUUCACGGCGCAGGAGCUCGAGUCGCUGCUGUUCCUGUCGUCUGAUGGGAUUACUUUGGCUGCGGGCAGUGGCGGUGGCGGCGGCGGCGGAAGCUAUCUGAAUGUCGCGCCUACCACUGUGGUCCCGCCCGCCCCGACCAACCGCGCGUCGCCGCCGAGGGAUGUGUCCGCCGCGCCGCCCUCGGUGGGGCAGCCGGAUGAUUCGGAGGCGUUCUCGGACAUCGUCCUGGGCUACAUCAACCGCAUGCUCAUGGCCGAGGACAUCGACGAUAAGUUCGAGCACUACCCGGAGCACCCCGCGGUGCUCGCCGCCGAGAAGCCCUUCCUCGAGAUCCUCGCCGAGCGGCCCUCGAGCUCCGGUGGCAGCGCGGUGGAGAGCCCGGGCGGCAGCAGUGUGGGGAACUCUUGCUACAGCGCGCGCUCUUGCACCUGCGCCACCGCCACGGCGGCGUCCGACGCCUUUGGCGCCGUGCUGACGCCGGCGCUCGACUUCCCGUCGGCCGCGUUCCUGCAGCCACCACAGCUGUACCAGGAUCUAAGCCCUGAGGGCAGCGUGGUGGAUGCAGGCGGCGCGUGGCCGUACGACUCGACGGAAUUCUACCAGCUGCACAGCAACCCGUCGUCGUUCGCGUCAUCCAACGGCAGCUGUGCUACAAUAUCAGACGGCUUUGAGUCGUUGCUGAGCUCGCCUGGUGUCAUGCCAGAUGUUGGCUUCACCGAUUUUGCCGUGCAAAGCCAGCAGGCUAUGCAGUUCUGCCGUGGGUUCGAAGAAGCAAGCAAGUUUCUGCCUGACGAGAGUAAGCUUGUGAUUGAUCUUGAGAAGCCAGCAUCUGUUACAAGCUUGGUGGCUAACAUCAAAGGGGAGAACAGGUUUGCAGAGGUCAAGGCAGAGAAGGCCGAUGUUCAGGCAGAAAUUCACAGAGGAAAGAAGCAUUUCUAUGGUGAUGACUUGGAUGCAGAGGAAGGGAGGCGCAGUAAACAUUCAGCACCCGCUAUCGACACUGAUCACCUUGUGCGGGAGAUGAUGGACAAGGUCUUGUUGUGCAAUGGCGAGACAUGUUCAAAAGGCGUCAAGGAACUCCGUGAAGCCCUGCAGCAUGACGUGGCAAAGAAUUCACACGGGGUUCAUGGAAAAGGGUCCGGACAUGGCAAGGGCCGUGGCAAGAAACAGCCGAAGAAGGAGGUGGUUGACUUGGAGACUCUCCUCGUCCACUGUGCUCAGUCUGUGGCCACCGAUGAUCGACGUGGUGCAACUGAGCUCCUGAAGCAGAUCAGACAGCAUGCAUCGCCCAAUGGCGACGGUGACCAGCGUUUGGCGCACUGCUUCGCCAACGGCCUUGAGGCGAGGCUUGCUGGCAAUGGAAGUCAGAUUUACAAGUCUCUUAUAAUGACGAGGUUUCCCUGCACCGAUGUGCUGAAAGCCUACCAGCUUUACUUGGCAGCUUGCCCAUUCAAGAAGAUCUCCCAUUUCUUUGCCAAUCAAACCAUUAUGAAUGCUGUGGAGAAGGCGAAGAAAGUCCACAUCGUGGACUAUGGUAUAUACUACGGCUUUCAGUGGCCGUGCCUCAUUCAACGGCUCUCUACCAGGCCUGGUGGCCCUCCGAGACUCCGGAUCACGGCAAUCGACACGCCGCACCCUGGUUUUCGCCCAGCAGAGCGCAUAGAGGAGACCGGAAGGUAUCUAAAAGAUUAUGCUGAGACCUUCAAUGUGCCCUUCGAGUUCCGAGCCAUUCCAUCUAGGUUCGAGGCGGUUCAGAUAGAGGAUCUCCACAUUGCCAAGGACGAGCUGCUGAUCGUGAACAGCAUGUUCAAAUUCAAGACACUGAUGGACGAGAGCGUGGUGGCUGAGAGUCCAAGGAACAUGGUCUUGAGCACAAUCAGGAAGAUGAACCCACAUCUGUUCAUUCAUGGGAUCAUCAAUGGCUCCUACAACGCACCCUUCUUUGCGUCUCGCUUCCGGGAGGCCUUAUACCACUACUCCGCCAUCUUUGACAUGCUGGAGACGAACAUCCCGAGGGACAACGAGCAGAGGCUGCUCAUCGAGUCAGCACUGUUCGGUCGAGAGGCAAUCAACGUAAUCUCCUGCGAGGGCCUGGAAAGGAUGGAGAGGCCCGAGACAUACAAGCAGUGGCAGGUGAGGUAUCAGAGAGCUGGGUUCAGGCAGCUCCCGAUCAACCAGGACAUCAUGAAGCGUGCUCGCGAGAAGGUCAGGUGCUACCACAAGGACUUCCUCAUCGACGAAGACAACAGGUGGUUACUGCAAGGGUGGAAAGGACGCAUCGUGCUGGCGCUCUCAACGUGGAAGCCAGACCACAGGUCUCCCUAGCUUCCUCGAGGGCGGCUACAUGGUUGCAGAUCGAGCACUGCACUGUAGAUGGAGGCCUGUUCGUAUCUUUGGAUGCUUGGGCUGGUUGUUCCUGGGCUGCAACAUAUAGCUAGGCUAGGCUUGUGCUAUUCGAACUACUAAAGCAUGUUUUGCACUGUCUCAUAUAAUAGUGAUGCCAUCAAGGGUCCCUGCAUGUUAGGUUAUGGUUCAGUUUUGGACAGGAACAGUUAGUGCAUUCUUUGAUGGGACAGGCUAGGUAUGUUAGUUAGUAGUUACGCGGUAGACCCUAGGGUUGUUUCAUGCAUGGAUCAGUCUUAUGGAUUCUUGUAUUAUAUUUGUUCCCCCCAUUAACCAGUGCUGUCAAAGUUUUGGGCUUC